GGACAACUCCGCAGAAGUGGGAGCGGGUACCUAUCAAAUUCAGGUACCCGCUCCCUCUCCCUCCCUCCCCAAAGGUCCACAGUCUCUGGUCAUCCCCUGCACUGUCUGCAGUCUCUGGUAAUCUGUAAUAUGUCCCUGGUAUUUUCCCUUUGCUCUGGACUAUGUCCGCAGUCUCUGGUCAUUCCCUGUACUGUGUCCGCAGUCUCUGGUCAUCUCCUGUACUGUGUCCGCAGUCUCUGGUCAUCUCCUGUACUGUGUCCGCAGUCUCUGGUCGUCUCCUGUACUGUGUCUGCAGUCUCUGGUCCAUCUCCUGUACUGUGUCCGCAGUCUCUGGUCCAUCUCCUGUACUGUGUCCACAGUCUCUGGUCCAUCUCCUGUACUGUGUCCGCAGUCUCUGGUCAUCUCCUGUACUGUGUCCUCAGUCUCUGGUCAUCCCCUGUACUGUGUGCGCAGUCUCUGGUCUGUUCCCAUCCUCCCAAUGGGUUUCAGAACAGC